AUCCGGGCGGGGCCGGGUGCGUCGCAGGGGGUUGUGCUGGCGGUGCCGGGCAGCGCGUCCGUUCCGCACCCGUCGCGUCCCGCCAUGGCAGCGCUGCCCGGUGCCGCGGCCCCCCGGCUGCUCCUCAUCCCCAGCAAAGCGGCCGAGGCCCCUGCCGCCGCGGCCGGCCGGCAUCUUUCCGUUGUCUUGCCGGCAGGAGCCGACCCCGGCCUCGCGGGGCUGGAGGGCCCGCAGCCGGCCCGCAAGCGGCAGCGGCUCACGCACCUGAGCCCAGAGGAGAAGGCGCUGCGCAGGAAGCUGAAGAACCGCGUGGCGGCCCAGAGCGCCCGGGACAGGAAGAAGGCGCGGAUGACGGAGCUGGAGCAGCAAGUGGUGGAGCUGGAGGAGGAGAACCAGAAGCUGCUGCUGGAAAACCAGCUCCUGCGGGAGAGGACGUGUAACCUUGUACUGGAGAACCAGGAGCUCCGCUGCCGCCUGGGUUUAGAUGCUCUGAAGACGGAGGAGGAGGGCGGCGAGUCGCAGGUUGUGAAGGAAUCACAGGUGGAUGAGAUUAGAUUGGUGACCGGGUCCGCUGAGUCCGCAGCACUCAGACUACGUGUUCCUCUGCAGCAGGUGCAGGCCCAGCAGUCACCAUUUCUGAUAGCUUCCACGUGGAUUCUGAUGGCAGUGACUAUUCAGACUCUGAGCCUGAUCUCCUCUUGGGCUUUCUGGACAGUCUGGACCCAGAGAUAUUUCUCAGAUGUGCUGAUUCAGAGUCAAUGUGCCUGGAAAAGCUGGAGGAAGAGAUCUCUGGAGAAACAAAUUCCAUAUCAACCUCCCUCUCUCCAUCUUUGGGGUCCCCAUCAGCUAAGCUGGAGGCCAUUAAUGAACUGAUAAGGUUUGAUCAUGUGUAUACAAAGCCCCUAAUACUGGAGAUUCCUGUUGAAGCAAGCAACCAAACCAAUACGCUAGUGAAAAUUGAGAAAGAAUCUCUCUCUUCAUCUGAAGACAAGGCUAUCCCUGAGGUCCCAGUGUCUGUGAAGGAGGAACCUGUAGACAACUUCAUGCCUGAACUGGGCAUUUCUCAUCUGCUUUCUUCUCAUCAUAAUAGCCUUGAAGCUUCAAACUACUUGUUGGAUGCCUGUAGUGACUCUGGGUAUGAAGGAUCCCUGUCGCCCUUCAGUGACAUGUCCUCUCCACUUGGCACUGACCACGUGUGGGAGGACAGCUUUGCUAGUGAACUCUUUCCCCAGCUGAUCAGUGUCUAACUUGGUAGUGUUAACUCCCCUUGGGUAACUGUCCUGGCAGAUAUCAGCAUAUGCCCCUUUAGGGUGUGCGUGGGGGGAAAAUCAAGUGUAUUCAGAAAAGUGUUGCUCUCUUCUACCCAUGCUAGUAGAUGGAGUGAUGGUAUGAAAAAACACAGGAUGUCCUGCCCUGCCCCCCAUCAGUAUUUGCUUAUGAGGGAGGAAACUUUGUUUCUCAAUAACUUGCUAAUUCUGUAUGAACCUGAAAAAGUUAAUUUUGUUUUACAUUUAAAAUUUUAACACCAAAAACUGCAGUGGGAGAUUCAUGUAUAGACAACUGGGGUAAAACUUUAACAGUCUCUACAUCUUACAGCUUUACUAUGUAAAUGCUUGUUUUCCAUUUGCUAUGUAGAGUUGCUUUCUCCAUUUAAUAUUUAACUGUAUUGGUGCAAUUAAAAUGCAGCGCAGCUCACUGAC